AUGGCUACUGAAAUCCUGAGUUCAGUGGAGAGUGUGAUUACAACUUUAGACCCUGGUAUGAAAGAAGUUAUUAGAAGUGGUGGAGAUAUUGAUAUUAUUGUAACUUCUAAUAAAGAAAAUAAAGUUGGUGCUGUAAGAGAAGCUUUUCAAUCAGUUUUUGGUAGAGCAACUAUCAGAGGAGAGGAAAGUGACUCUAGCACAGCAGCUCAACCAGUUGGUUACACUGCAGGUUUAAAAGGUAGUGAGGAAAGAAUACUCAAUCUAAGACGUAAUAAUAUUAUAUCUGAUGAACAAGUUGUGGUCUCUAUAGAAGGUUUUAUUGUAGAACUAUUACCAGAUAAAUGGUUUGAAAUGAGUUGCAUAGUUCUCCAAGAUCCUGUCAAGAAGAUACAGUUACAGACAUUUUCUCAACCUACACCAGUUCCAACUGAAUAUGUUUUAACAGCACAGGAUCAAACACCUGCGGAUUAUCCCUUAAGAUGGGCUGGAUUAUCUGUUAGUAUAGGAUCAGUCAUUGAAGGUGCUAAUCCUCACAUAGGACAUGUAGACUGGCAAAAAGCUCUUACUGGUGUUGGUCGGAGGGAGUCUUUGACAUUAGCUUUGACAGCUCUGGCCUAUUUAUAUCUUCAAAAAUUGCCAUCAUCAAUGAUAUCUUGA